AUGACCCCUUUCCCCACCACCUAUUUCUUGCGACGCGAUCGAUCCGAAGCAGUUCGCCUCGACGCCCAACACCUCCUGUGGCAGCUGCACACGAAAUAUCUCCUGCACCCAGAGAUUCCCCGCAAAGAUGGAAUGGUGAUAGCCGAUAUUGGAGCCGGAACGGGAAUCUGGGCCCUUGAACUUGCUCCCAACCUUCCCCCAGACGCUCGCAUCGUCGCCUCCGACAUUGCCGACACGCACUUCCCGGCCAAGGAGUAUUGGCCCGCGAAUGUGCGCUUCGAGCUGCUCGACUCGCUCAGCCCGACGAUCCCGGAAGCCCUAAUCGGCCAGUUCGACGUGGUGCAUCUGCGCAUGUGGGCCUUCAUCAUCCGCGACAACGAUCCGAGUGCGUUGAUCCGGCAUGCUUCGAGAUUGCUGAAACCAGGUGGCUAUCUCCAAUGGGAAGACGCUCGAUUCGGCAGUAUCGUGCAGCGUGGUCUCCCGGCUCAGCGAUUCCGGGAACUGAUGAACCGGCAGACGGUGGUGACCGGGCAUGAUUUCCGAUGGCUCGAUAACCUCGCCCACCACAUCAAAACCACUGUCUUAGACGACAAGGCCGAGACAUUGGAGGUGGUCGAGUGCCGGCAGCAAACCUCCUGGGCGACUCCACAGCUCAUUCCCCUCGCCACGGAUACCUUCAUGUUGGCAUUGGAGAAUAGCAGUGCUGUGUUGGAUAAGCUGCGGGCGGUGGCGCCCUCGGUGCCAAGUCAGGAGGAGUGGUUGGCCGGGCUGGCGGCGUUGCAUGAGGAUGUCAUGCGGAAACAGCCCAGAGAUGAAGAAGAAGAGAGAGGGGAGUUUCAUUGGCUUCCGGUUUGUCUGUUGGGGCGCAAGAUGCGGCACUGA